AGUCCACGCACCAACCGCGAGGACGGGCGGCCCAAGAGGACGAGGAAUCCAAGACCGUCCCAGUAAAAAAAAAAAAGCACCACCAGCGGCCAUCUCCACACCACUCGACUUCACCACGUCCGCCUCGUCUCCUCCUCCCUCCAGUGUCCAGUCCUCCUCCCCUCGCCUGACUGACACAGCCACGCGCUGCGGAGGCAGUACGGGCGCUACGGUUUCGUUUCCGGCCGCGGGUUCGGGAUCUCGCGCCCCAAUGCAGCCUCCGCGCCGCUGAUCCCGGGGCCUCCCUCUCUGCGGCCGGCAGCGGCCAUGGCGCGGCGCCACGGGUGGCAGCUCCCCGCCCACACCCUGCAGGCUAAAUACGAUUCCGCGGACUCUAAUUUUUUGUUUACUGUUAAAGUGCAUAAUUUUACUUUGCUUUGCAUGUUCUCCAAGUACAACGGAUGCUUCCGUGUUUGAAACGAGGGAGGUGUUCUGUUCGGUGUCGUCAGUCAUCUGGAUCUGGCCCUUGUCUUCUUGCAAUCUGUUGCUUUUGUUGUGUGUGUCCUGUUUGUUCGUGUAAUCUUGUUAGAUGUUUGUUCAAUUAAAGCAAAGCUUCAGGUUGCUAUGUUCCUUUGCUUUAUGCCACUUUCUCAAUCAAGUAGUAUUUGCUUGUGCUACUGCCAGAUGCAGUGAAAUCAAAUCUGAUGCAUUUAAUUAACAAAAUGUAUCUUAGUAUCAGUGAAUUUGACCGUCAUGGCGGGCUUAUCGUGUUCUAUUCUUAAUGUCACGGAUAUUUAGCGUCAAAUCGCAGCUACUAGCUUCGGCAGUUCUGCUGAGUCCGUUACUACCAAGCCUUUUUCUGGAUUCAUUGCAGAACUGUACUAUUUUAAUUCUGUUGAUGCAAUAUCUCAGACCAAUGGUAUCCUAGUGAGAUCACAGUACAUGGGGGACUACCUACUAGUGGCCAAGCAUUUUUAAAGUGUGAACUAUCCGUGUAAUAGGAGCUUUGUCUUUUGAAUGGGAGACUAUAUUGGAACUACAUACAAAAGUAAAUAAUUUUUACAUUUCUCAGCGAGUUUUGUCUUCCGACCAGAUUCCUGGGAGGAAGAAGAGGCUCUGUUUCUUGAGGAUAGUUUUCUUAGGUAAAACUGUCUAUUAGGCGAUGCUAUUGAGUAGGUGUUUCACUCUUUUCUGGAGGACAUUCAGUUAGCAAUAGCUCAGGUUCGUGUGCAGACCAAUUUGUCAUGUUUACCUUUAUCUGCCCUUCCCCAUUAAAGUUCAGAUUCGGUUAUGAAGAUCAAGCAAAGAGGGAAAGGCCAUGAACUCUAAGCUACACUACGACUUCAUGAAUAUCUUUUAGAAGUUUGAAAGUUUGUGCUACUUUGAUUGCCUUAUCUAAGAGUUUAGGUUCUCUGGGAAACGAUUAUAAAAAAUUUAAGUUUGCACUUGUAAAUUUGACAGGGUAAGCACUUGACAUGCUCAUAAGCUCAUGUUUUUGAAAUAUAUCUUAGUAACAUUUUGUUCCAGAUAGAGGGAUCAUUAUGUACUGCUGUUUCUGUUCAGAAGCUUAUGUUCCAAGACAACCUUCUGUUUCUGCUGAAUUUUUGUCCUCUUCAUUGCAUUCGUACUUCCUCCUAUACUUCCUCAUUACUAGUGAUCCAUCCUUACCUCUUGGUCCUUAACUAUGGGAGAGUAUGAAUAACAUUUUUAAAUUUUUUUCAGGUGGUAGCUAUAACAGUGUUCUUCUUGCUUUGUAUAGCGUUCUAUGCCUUCUUCUCACCGUUUCUUGGGAAGGACUUGUAUCAAUACAUUGCUAUGGGUGUUUAUGGUUUUCUGUUUUUGUUGUGUCAGGCCUUAUCUGUGCUGAUUCUAUAUGUUAGAUGUACUGCAAUUGAUCCUGCUGAUCCUGGCAUCCUGAUUUCCAUGGAUGGUGCAUUAAUUUAUAAAUCAGAAGCAAAUGUAGACACUCAAGAUGAAGCUGGCAAGUCAGGAUUGAGAAAUGGCAAGGAUACCCCAAAGCAUAAAUCAUGCUUAGGAGGGGUUUGUUUUUGUUGUGCUAUUUUUACAAUGGAGGACUGUCGCAAAGAGGACGAAUCCAACCAACAAGAGGACUAUGGUGAAGAGGCACUCUUUUGCACCCUUUGCAAUGCGGAGGUGCGCAAACAUAGCAAACAUUGUCGAAGUUGCGACAAGUGCGUUGAUGGGUUUGAUCAUCACUGUCGGUGGCUGAACAAUUGUGUUGGAAGAAAAAACUAUAUCACAUUUUUAUGCCUGAUGGCUGUCAGUCUUGCUUGGCUUGCCGUUGAGUGUGGAGUUGGUAUUGCUGUUUUUGUUCGUUGCUUCACUAAUAAAGCAGCCAUAGAAGAUCAGAUUAGGGAAAAGCUGGGGUAUGGCCUUUCACGAGCACCCUUUGCAACCAUUGUGGCCCUGGGUACUGCUCUUUCAAUGCUUGCUUCAGUACCUCUAGGAGAGCUGUUUUUCUUCCAUAUGAUAUUAAUCCGGAAGGGCAUCACAACUUAUGAAUAUGUGGUGGCAAUGAGAGCUCAGAGUGAACCUCCUGGACCCUCUGUCAUUGAUGACCAGCAAAGCUUGCCAUCUUCUCCAAUGAGUUCUGCACCAACUGCUUUUAGUGGGAGCUCAUUUGCCCGUCACUACAAAGGCGCAUGGUGCACUCCCCCACGCAUCUUCAUUGACCAGGACGAAAUCAUUCCACACCUGGAACCUGGACGAGUUCCUUCAACUGUUGAUCCAGAUACCUCAGACCCAACUGAAAGAGCCAGAAACCAUCCUAAACGUCCAGUCCGCAUUAGUGCAUGGAAGCUUGCAAAGCUGGAUUCAAAUGAGGCCAUGAAAGCGGCAGCAAAAGCCAGAGCCUCUUCAUCCGUGCUGAAACCGAUCAAUACCCGUGCCCAAUAUGAGGCAGACCGGUGCUCCAGUGAUAACCUCAGCAGCAGAAGCAGUGUCAUAAGUGCUGAUACUGGACACCACGGGUACGCUCGAUCCGGUGGGAACUCGCAGUAUAAGUCGCCUUAUCCACCCAGCAGAGCAAGUGCAGAUGACAUCGAGCUGUAUCCCCAGACACCAAGCAGCUUCCAGAGCAACUCGCGGACUCCAACGCCUAUAGCUGAACACCAUCCCUCCAAGCAUUUCAAUCCAAUCUAUCAGACAUCAGCCAACAGGUCUCCAUUCUCUGCAAGAGCAAGUGUUGUCAAAGAAUCGUCUGUCUCAGAGGCCAACAAUGCAAGGAGGUUCAACGUGCCACCAAACGCAGAAAGAUCUUCUCGACCAUCUGUUUACUGGGAUCAGGAAGCUGGCAGGUUUGUGUCUGCACAGACAAACCAGGGAUCCAGCUCUCGCUUAGGCCGUCCGGAUCUUCUAUACACUGGACAGUCUAUAUUCUUUGGUGGACCUCUGGUGGCGGAUCCUGCAGCAAGAAGUUUCAGAGAUCCUGGCAGUUCAAGCCAACGGUCUGGCGGACCUCGGCCGCACCAGCUCCCGGUGUUCGUACCCAGUGACCCCCAGAAAGAUCAGCUCUCUAGGCUACCGUGAAAUAAACUGUUCUUUUUUUUUUGGAGUAGCCUUCUGAAACGCAUGUUUCUCUGUUUGGUUAUUUAAUGUAUAGUUCUUAGCCCUUACAUCUGACAGAUUGUAGGUCAUGAUUUUUUCUAUCUUGGUGGAAAGUGAGGUUAAUUUAGGAAAUCAUGGAAAUCUUUUAUUUUGAA